ACGUGUCAGCUCGCAGGAUCGAUAGAUUUGUGGAAGGUCCGUAAUCCCCAGUGUGACUCGCAAUUUUCCUUCAGCAACAGCCAACUCGGAGCCCUGACUCAGCCCCAAUUCCUCUGACAGUUCAUUACCCGCCUCGCCGAUCCGACCCGGUAAAUCGCUAUGGAAGAAGUUUGUCUCAAUAGUGAGCCAGUAUUUGAGGAAGGUGAUGAUUAUGAGUUAGAGGGAGACUUCACUGAGCAUGACAAUGUAACUGGGGAAACACAAAGAAGAAAGGACCCCACAGCACCCACAGUGGGUUUGGAGUUCGAUUCUUUUGAUGAAGCCUAUGAUUUUUACAAUAUCUAUGGCAAAGAACAGGGCUUUGGCAUCAGAGUAAGCAACUCAUGGUUCAGGUCAAAGAGAAAAGAGCGGUAUCGAGCAAAGUUGAGUUGCAGCAGUGCAGGUUUUAAGAAAAAGAGUGAAGCCAAUAAUCCAAGACCAGAAACAAGAACCGGUUGUCCUGCCAUGGUAGUUAUCCGACUGGUGGACUCGAAAAGGUGGAGAAUAGUUGAAGUAGAGCUUGAACACAACCAUCAGGUGAGUCCACAAAUCAAAAGGUUCUACAAGUCACAUAAGAAAAUGAUCCUUGCUGCCAAAAGCGCGCAACCGCUGCCAGAGCCAGUGACAGAAAUUCAUACGAUCAAGCUGUACCGAACGCCUGUUAUGGAUGUUGGGAGCAAUGGAUACUCAAAUUUUACUGAAAGUGAAGGUUUGAAUUCUAUUGAUCUCUCUAAGCACUUGGAACUUAAAGAAGGAGAUGCUCAUGCAGUUUACAACUACUUUUGCCGCAUGAAAUUGAUGAACCCUAAUUUCUAUUAUUUGAUGGAUCUUGAUGAUGACGGGCACCUGAGGAAUGUGUUCUGGGCGGAUGCCAGGUCCAGGGCUGCAUAUGGCUACUUCUGUGACACAGUUGCAAUAGAUACAACAUGCUUGUCAAACAAGUAUGAAAUCCCCCUGAUUUCAUUUGUUGGUGUUAACCAUCACGGGCAAUCUGUGUUGUUAGGCUGUGGUUUCCUUGGCCAUGAGUCAGUAGAAAAUUUUGUUUGGAUGCUCAGGGCAUGGCUUAAAUGCAUGCUAGGGCAGCCACCGCAAGUUUUGAUUACUGAUCAAUGCAAGCCCUUGCAAAUUGCAGUGUCUGAGGUUAUCCCAAAUGCUCGGCAUUGCUAUUGUUUGUGGUAUAUCAUGCAGAAAGUUCCGGAGAAGUUGGGAGGACUGAAGGGCUAUGAAGCAAUCAAGAGACAAUUGCACAAAUCAGUCUAUAAUUCAUUGAAAAUAGCUGAGUUUGAAACUUCGUGGGCGGAAAUGGUCAAGUGUCAUGAACUGGGAGAGAAUAGAUGGCUUCAGAUAUUGUAUGAAGAUCGGCAAAUGUGGGUUCCAGUUUACUUGAAAGACACAUUUUUUUCCGGAAUGAUCCCCAUCCAAGAAAACGAGAGCUUAACUGCAUUUUUUGAUGGUUAUGUACAUAAACAUACGUCGUUUAAGGAAUUCGUCGAUAAGUACGAUCUAGCUCUACAUAGGAAGCGCAUGAAAGAGGUGGUGGCAGAUCUGGAGUCAAGAAGUUCAAGCUUUGAACUGAAGACAAAAUGUAACUUUGAAGUGCAGCUAUGUAAGGUAUAUACAAGGGAGAUUUUCAAGAGGUUCCAGUUGGAGGUUGAGGGGAUGUACUCCUGCUUCAACACGAGGCAGGUGAGUGUGAAUGGCCCUAUAAUAACCUACAUAGUCAAAGAACGAGUUGAAGUUGAAGGAAAGGAGAAGGAAGUCAGAUGCUAUGAGGUUUUGUACGAAACAACACAAGUCGAUAUCCGAUGCAUCUGCAGUUUGUUCAACUACAAAGGUUACCUAUGCAGGCAUGCAUUAAACGUUCUCAACUAUAACGGCGUGGAAGAAGUCCCAUCGCGCUACAUUCUGCCGCGGUGGAGAAAAGAUUUCAAGUGCAGGUAUCUUCUGCAUCAUGGCUCCAGUAAUAUUGAUGUGUAUAACCCAGUGUACUGGCAUAAUCAUCUUUAUAAACUCGCCCUUCCGGUUGCGGAAGAAGGGGCACAAUCUGAAGAACAUUAUAAGACUACCUUGCAAGCAUUGGAGGAGUUGUUAAACAAGUUUCAUCUUGUAGAGGAUACCCUAGUGUAACAUAGAACAAUAUAUAUUACUUAAUGUAUACAAAGAUCUCUCUCUCUCUCUCUCCCUCUCUCUCUCUCUCAAUGAAUCCUUUUAUCCUUCUUUCUGGCUAA